GUAUUACACUAACACUACUAUUUGGCUAUCUUGCUCUUGCACAUAACAAGUGAAAGUUAAGUGGCAUGGCUUCUACUAAGUACGUUGUUGCUUUACAAGUUGUGUUAUUUUGCAUAUGUUUGGUUGUGGCAAAUUCUGUUCACUUCAGUUACCCAGCAGUUUUCAACUUUGGUGAUUCAAAUUCAGACACAGGUGAACUUUGUGCAGCCAAGGGCUUUCAACCCGCCCCACCCAACGGACAAAAUUACUUCAAAGCUCCAGCCGGGAGAUUCAGCGAUGGCCGUCUCAUUGUUGACUUCUUAAUGGAUGCAAUGGACUUGCCAUUCUUAAAUGCCUAUCUGGAUUCAGUGGGCUCGCCAAAUUUCCAUCACGGAUGCAACUUUGCAGCAGCAGGUUCAACUAUCCUUCCAGCAAAUGCAGCAUCAAUCAGUCCAUUUGGAUUUGGCACUCAGGUAAAUCAGUUUCUGCUAUUCAAAGCCAAGGUUCUUGAAGUGCUUGCAGGCAAGAAAUUUGAUAAAUAUGUCCCAGCUGAAGACUAUUUCCAGAAGGGGUUAUACAUGUUUGACAUAGGCCAAAAUGAUCUUGCUGGCGCAUUUUAUUCAAAAGACUUGGACCAAAUACUUUCCUCUAUUCCAACAAUUCUACUGGAAUUUGAAACUGGUAUAAAGAGACUAUAUGACCACGGGGCUAGGAAUUUUUGGGUACAUAACACAGGUCCACUUGGAUGCUUGGGUCAAAAUGUUGCCACAUUUGGCCAUGAUAAAUCAAAGAUUGAUGAACUAGGAUGUCUUGGUGCACACAACCAAGCUGCUAAGGCCUUUAAUCUACAGUUGCAAGCUUUGUGGGCAAAAUUGCAGGGCCAGUAUCUAGAUCUAAAUGUUACAUAUGUUGAUAUCUUUACCAUAAAAUUGGACCUCAUUGCAAACUACUCAAAACAUGGGUUUGAACAACCUUUUAUGGCUUGCUGUGGAUAUGGAGGUCCGCCAUUUAACUAUGACAGUCGCGUUUCUUGUGGACUAACAACAACGAUCUUGAAUGGGACCACAAUUACAGCAAAAGGUUGCAAUGAUAGCGGUGUGUAUGUAAGCUGGGACGGGACUCAUUACACUGAGGCUUCAAAUCAAUAUGUUGCAUCACAAAUUCUCACCAGAAACUACUCCAACACUGAUUUGUCAUAAAAGAUGUCUUUCCUUCUCUAGAUCAAGUUCUAAUCCAGUCUAUUUGUUGUCAUAGUAAUUUUAUUCUUCACAUAUAUGCCGGCGUGCAACCAAUAGAUGAUUGUUAUAGUAAACUUGAAUGACAUUGAAGCUCUUAUAAACAAAUGUGAUUUAAGACUGGAAAAUUUUAUUCUUCAUUUAUGAUUUCAAUGCUAGAUUAUACGUCAAAUUGAUUGUUUUGAA